UCUUUGCCUCCGCGGGCGGAAGCGCAGCUCGACGCGAGGGGCGGGAGGAGGAGGUCGUUGGAGGCGCCUGUUCCGGUCGUGAGGGGCUUCCUGGUCGCAGCAGGCAGCGCUAAUGCAAAAUACUUUCCACAAUGCUUGGUGGAUAUGAUGAUAUAGAAGCAUUUGAAGAUGAUCUCUACUGUGAAGAGUCUUCUAGUGAAGAAAGUAUUGAUAGCGAAGUAGAAUUUCACCUUUAUAGCCAAGUCCAUUAUGCACAAGGCCAUGAGGAUGCCAUUGGAGAAGAAACUGAAGAACAUGGAUCUGGGCAAAAGCAGAGUUUAGUUAGUAAAGAGCAAAAAAACAACAACUUUAUUAUAAUUUCAGACAGUGAAGUCACUCACGUUUCUGAUAGUCCAGAUGUUAUCACCUUGUCAGACACCCCUGAUGAAGACAGCAUUUACAGAAGCAGACUCCAGAAGCGAACAACACCAGAGGCUCCAGUGCCAGGGAAAACAUACAGUCUUGCAGAGCUCACCUCGCCAAAGCCCACUAGACAUUCUUCUCAGAUUACUCCAAAUUCAAAGGGAUGGACCACAGGAAUUUCAAAGAAGGAGAAAAGGACUAGUGAAAAGUCUAUCUCCUUUCACCAUGAAGGUGUUCGCAUGAUCCACAAGAUUUUAGUAAUAGAGGAUAGCUCUAGUGAUGAGAAUGCAGUUGAUGUGAGAAGCAUUGCCUCUGAAAGUGAUAAUGUAGAGAGCUGGAUGCUGCUGGGAGGUGCCAGAGAGGACAAAGAUGACAACAUCCUCUUAAACCUUGAGGGCUGUGGAACAUUGGCCAGUGAAGGAGAAGGUGGAGAAGACUGGAACAUCAGUGAUAAAGACUUGGAGGCACGGAUUGGCAACUAUGUUACAGUGCGGCACAACAACAGAUACUACAUGCCAGACAAAAAUGUCACUUGCAGAAAUUGUGAUAAACGAGGUCACUUAUCAAAAAAUUGUCCUACCCCAAAGAAAAUUCCACCUUGUUGUCUGUGUUCCGAAAGAGGUCACUUACAAAACAGCUGUCCUGCACGAUUUUGUUUAAAUUGUUGUUUGCCUGGACACUACUCGAGAGAGUGCCUUGAGAGAACGUACUGGAAAAAACAUUGUAACCGCUGUGAUAUGAGAGGCCAUUAUGCAGACGCUUGCCCAGAAAUAUGGAGGCAGUAUCACCUAACAACCAGGCCGGGACCACUGAAGCAUGCUGAAACACAAGUUGAGCAUUCUGCUUCUGUGUACUGUUACAACUGUGCAGAGAAAGGCCAUUAUGGAUAUGAAUGUUCAGAGAGGCGGAUGUUUGGAGGGACAUUUCCUACUUCCCCCUUCAUCUAUUACUAUGAUAGCAAAUACGAUAUCAAGAGGCGUGGUCAGAGAGUAAAGAAAAAAGUGCAAGAACUUCAGGAUGCAGGCCUUGUGCCAAAGGCUCUGAAGAGACCACGCAUAGACAAUGGCCAGAAACUGCACGGCCAUAAGAAAAAGAAGAAAACAUUAAAGGACCAUGACAAGAGAGGAGAUAAGCAUCAUAAAAAGCUGAAGAAAAUGUCCCAGGCCAACAUACUCAAAGGAAGGAAGGAUAAGAAGGUGGUCCAGAGUAAGUCUAACAUGGAAGAGGACUUUCCCAGAGGUGGUAACAGGGAUGCUCUUAAAAAGAGCAGGAAAACCAGGGCACAUGGCACGUUUGGCCUCCCAGCAAAUGGAGGCAAAGCAGAAAUCCUUCAUGUUUCUUUGGAGACAGCAAAAAAGAGGAAGAAGAAGAAGAAGUGGAGAAACUACACAAGUGGUAGCUCUCCCAGGGAUGAGAGUUUAUUCCUGAUAAAACAGAGGAAGAAGAAAUCAAAACAGAAACCCAAUUUGUGACAGAAGCGGGAGUGGAUGUGGGGUUGGGGGCUCAGCUUGAGACAGCUUUCCCACCAUGACGCACCCACACCCCGUUCCGAUGUGGAACAUAAAACCAUCCAUAAGUGCAGGCUGGGAUACAAA